GAGAGGCUCUAGAGAAAACAAAAAGAUGGCUGCAAAGUUAUCCGUUGUUUUUCGUCCACCGUUUCCCGCGCGAAGUUCUCGUUUCCCAAACCCUCCUCUUUGCCUCCAAAGAUGCAGCGCUCGCCGGAGCUCUGCCGGCGGUGAGCCGGAGCCAAGCACUCCUCCAAUUCUUAAGCUCGCCGUCGGUGGAGCCACGGAACUCCUUAGGUUCUUCUCCUCCAAGAAGCGCAGAGAGAAUCAAUCCAUCGGAGGAGUUUCUCCGGCUCGUAGCGUUGAUGAUGUUCUGCGGAUCCUUCGAUCUGACUUCGAUCGUGCUUAUUUUCUCACCGGGAAUUUUACUUCUGAUGCAUAUGCUGAAGAUUGCUUGUUUGAAGAUCCAACUAUCAAAUUUCGUGGUAAAGAACGGUAUUCAGAGAAUCUCAAUUUACUUGCUGCUUUUCUUGAAUUUCCGUCCCUUGAAUUAGAGACGAUUGAGAAGGUCCAUAAGUAUGAAAUGGACUCUGUUCAAGCAACAUGGAAAUUAAGAACAUACUUGAAUUUCCCAUGGAAGCCUCUCAUUUCCAUCAAAGGAACAACAACUUAUGAUUUAGACAAGGAGUUCAAAAUUGUUAGACAUGCUGAGAGUUGGAACAUCUCCGCACUUGAAGCAGUUAGGCAAAUAUUUAAAGCAGGCCCUCAAGAGCAUGAUAAAUGAAACAUGUCAUUGAGUCGCUUGAUUUGGCUUCAAGAAAAUUGUUUUUCUUCUCUGGGAGGAUCAUUAGGAAUGCAGAAGUUAACCAUAAAUGGUGUGCUCUACAUCAUACAAGAACCAGUUCAGCAGAAGACAAAUCUCAAUCUAGCCAUAUAUUAUUGAUACAUGAAGUUCAGUGGGAUUAUCACUUUAUGAAACCAAUGGUUUAGGAUCAUAUUCUUGUUAGUAGUCAGCAGUUAUUAAGAUAGCUGUUUAUUACACAAAAAUAUAACUCUUGUUUUUUAAUUUGUGGGGUAAAAGGGAAACACAUUGCUACUCUAUUAUCGAGAAGAGCUUCUUCUUAAUUGGGUGGUACUUGUGUUAUAGGCCAUGUUUCCAGGAAAAGUUCAAUGUGGAAGCAAACCAUGUGAUGUUUCUACAAUUGAAAAGCUUAUGAUGUGGAAACAUUGAACAUCAACGUGUCUACCAUUAAACUUGUCCAUGCACUGAGUUGGAUAUUCUGUAUAUUUUACAUCUCUGGAACUUUUCACAUGGUGUAGCCAACUGCAAUCUUUUUUUUAAACAAUUUUUUACAAGAACAAGAUGACUCAGUCUCAUUAAAGCUUGAGUACAUCACUGACUACAUUUUCUUCUAUUCUUGCAGAUACAUUGACAGCAAUGACAAGAAACAGUUUUGGUCAAAGUAUGAUGUUGGCAAAACAUGAAAGGAUGAACGGGACAGUACUGAUUGAAUUCAUGAAGUUGCUAAGAGCAAUGACUACAUCUGAGAUUGAAUUACCACAAAUCUGAUAAGAAACAGUUUUGUCACACUGUUGUUGGGCAAACAUGAUACAAAAACAUAAUUUAAGGCAUGCUCAAGCUUCAAGUACUGCAAAUGCAAGUAUGAUACAUGCACACUACUUUUGCUUGACUUUCUUCUGUUAUUUACCAGGAAAAAAAAAAGACAUUGACAUGCAGUUAUUCAUCAAAACCUUUUCAAGUAAAUUAUGAAGAUGGAUGGAAAAGGCAUGUGUACUUUGCUGGUACUCUUUCUAUUUUUCUCUCUUUUAUGUAUAUAUAUGUAUAUAUAUGUAUAGGAAGGAAAUGUUGCAAGAAUUGAAUAAGGAGGAAGGAUUGAACAAUGAACAUGGUGGGGUUGAAGGGAGAAGCAAAUCAUGUGGUCCAUAGUUGGGUCCAUUAUUGAGUUUUCAGAAUUCAUGGAUGAAUUUGAGGCAAUAAGAAUGUGAGUCUCAUAUGGGUUGUCAGCUUUCCAAUAGACACAGCUAGAGCCAGAUGGUACACCUCCAUCCCUGGCUAAGAAACAAGG